GCGAAGUGAUUCAAUAUGGUGGACAGAAUAACACUUUCAGACUUUGUCUGGAUAAAACCAGAAGGGAAGUCGGAAUUUGACGUCCCUAUUGCAGUCAAAAUAUUAAACAGCUCUGGCGAACUCAUUCAAGUACGAGAUGACGAUGGAAAAGUAUAUUCAACGUCGAUUAAAAAUGUUCUCAAACCACUACAUGCCACGUCGACGACGGGUGUUGAAGAUAUGAUCACAUUGGGAGAGCUACAAGAGUACACCAUCCUUCGAAAUCUCCACAUACGUUACCUCCAGCAGUUGAUUUAUACCUACACGGGCACGAUGCUCAUCGCCAUAAACCCAUACGAAAUCCUACCCAUAUACACGAUGGACCAAAUACAUUUCUAUCAAGACCGAAACAUUGGAGAUAUUCCACCUCACAUAUUUGCGAUCGGUGAAAGUGCAUUCAAGGAGUUGCUGGCGACGUCUUCAAAUCAAUGUAUUGUUAUAAGUGGAGAGAGUGGUGCCGGUAAAACAGAAAGCACCAAACUUCUACUACAAUACCUGGCUGCGGCUAGUGGUAAACACUCUUGGAUUGAGCAGCAAAUACAAGAAACCAACCCCAUUCUUGAAGCAUUCGGCAAUGCUAAGACAGUCAGAAACGACAACUCCUCUCGGUUCGGUAAAUAUAUCAACAUCUACUUCAGCAGUCAAGGAACGAUAGAAGGAGGCAAUAUCGAGCAAUAUCUUUUGGAAAAAUCUCGCAUAGUUGGGCAAAAUAAAGGCGAAAGAAAUUAUCAUAUAUUUUACGCGCUCGUAGAUGGUUUAUCAGCUGAAGAAAAGCGGAAACUGGAACUAAGUAAGCCUGCCGAUUACGCUUACUUGAAUUCUGGUAACAUGCUCACUUGCGACGGUCGUAAGGACAGUAUGGAAUUUGCCGAUCUCAGAUCGGCAUUUAAGGUGCUAAAUUUUACAGACGGCGAAGUUUGGAGUAUGUUUUCACUGUUAGCUGCGAUAUUGCACCUGGGAAACUUGAAAUUUAAAUCUUUUAACUUAAAUAAUAUAGACUCCUCUGAGGUAGCUGACGCCUCGAAUGCAAACAGAAUAGCAUCACUUUUGGGAGUUAACAAAAGCAAGUUGUGUGAGGCACUAACUAGAAAGACGAUAGUUGCACACGGAGAUACAGUGGUCUCUCCUUUAACCGCUUCUGCUGCAGUUGACGGUCGAGAUGCUCUUGUGAAGGCAAUCUACGGACAUAUAUUUGAGUACAUAGUAGAAAUGAUUAAUAAAACAUUGCACAAAGAUCAACAGCUGUCCAGCAAAUCCGUAGGUAUACUAGAUAUUUUCGGUUUCGAAAAUUUUGACUCCAACAGUUUUGAACAACUCUGCAUAAAUUAUGCAAAUGAAAAUUUACAACAGUUCUUCGUCAGGCACAUUUUCAAACUAGAACAAGAGCAAUAUGCCAAGGAGGGUAUAACCUGGACGAACAUCAACUAUGUUGAUAAUCAGGAAAACCUAGACACUAUAGGUUUGAAACCUAUGAAUUUGCUCUCGCUGAUCGAUGAAGAAUCUAAAUUUCCAAAAGGAACAGACAUAACGCUUCUCUCCAAACUGAAUGCCAAUCACAGUAAGAAAACAUGCUACAUUACUCCAAAGUCAUCACACGAGCAUAGGUUCGGAAUCAAACACUUUGCUGGCGAUGUGUUUUAUGAAGUUAAAGGCUUUCUCGAUAAAAAUAGAGAUAUGUUAACGACUGACGUCAAAGAAAUGAUAACGGACUCCAACAACGCAUUUUUGAAAUCGCUGUUUGUUAAUGAAACAGCGCCAUCACAAAGUGGAAGUCGAAAGACUGUUUCUUUGAGCCAUCAAUUCAAAACAUCUUUGGAGGCCCUAAUGAAAACUUUGUAUGCUUGUCAUCCAUUUUUCGUACGAUGCAUAAAGCCAAAUGAAUUUAAAAAGCCCAAGCUACUUGACCGCAGCCUGUGCGUUCGUCAGCUUCGAUAUGCGGGUUUAAUGGAGACAGCAAAGAUUCGUCAAGCUGGGUACCCCAUUCGUUACUCUUAUGCAGAGUUUGUACAUCGAUAUCGCCUUAUAGUGUCCGGUAUUCCACCAGCUGAGAAAACUAACUGCAAAGAAGCUACCAAGAAGAUAUGCACAGAAAUUCUCAAAGAUCAAGAAUUUCGACUGGGACAUACUAAAGUAUUUCUAAAAGAUGCUCAUGACGUUAUACUGGAGGAACUGAGGCAUACAGUGCUGAUGAGAGCUGUUAUCCGAGUACAAGCGAAUGCGAGAAGAUUUAUACACAGGACAAGAUUCCUUCGAUUGCGAGCAGCUGCGCUUUCAAUUCAAAAGCAUUUCCGAGCUCGUGGCUACAGAAACAGAUACCUUGUUAUGAGGAGAGGUUACUUACGUUUGCAAGCUGUAAUUAGAACUAGAGAACUGAAGAAGACGUUCUCAAAUAUAAGAUUAUUCUUCAGGAAGUUUCAAGGUCAUUGUAGAGGCUAUCUGGUCAGAAAAAUUACGAAAGAAAAAGGACAUAUAAUAAAAACUAAAUUGCUGCAGUUCAAAAAAGAAAAGGAUGAGCUUCAAAAAACAGGUAAAGCCGAUGUUAAAUCAGCAGAAAAUGAUUAUGAGAAGAAGUAUUUGGAACUUAUGAAGAAGAUAUGGAUCAUCAAGGAUGUCCCAGUCGAAAACAAUGUACAGAAUGCCACAAUCAUAGACGAUAAAUACGUUGAUGAUGUUUUCGAUUUCUUGAAAGAUACUCAGACACCAGGUGGUACAGUACGUGGUGUAGGAUUUGGAGUGACAGCAACAAACAAGCCGCCAAUUUCCAGCGUAAUACCUCUUCCACAAGAUCAAGAUGAAGAAUCUUUUGACGAGUUCAAUUUCAGAAAAUUUGCAGCGACGUACUUUUUGGGCAAUACAAGUCACCAGUUCAGUCGCAGGCCAUUGAAACAGUCUCUUUUAGACUUGCCAUCACCUAUGGAUACAAUAGCCGCACAAGCUUUGUGGGUUACAAUUUUGAGGUUCAUGGGAGAUUUGGCGGAGCCAAAAUAUGUAGAUGACAAAAUAGACAAUGUGCCUGUGAUGACCAAACUUACCGGCACUUUGGGACAAGCCUUCCAUAAAAGCAAAGAAUUUGAAGAAUUAUUAAAAAACAACAACAGUUAUCACGGAGGGCAGCAAAAUAUGAUUCAGAAGACACUAAAACGACAAACAAAGCUGAACGAGGAGUUUAUGAAAAAUUUGAUGAAGGACGAAGUAACCAGCGAAAUGUAUAAUAGCUGGCUUCACACUCGUCGAACUAGUAAUCUGGAAAAGUUGCAUUUUAUAAUUGGACAUGGACUUAUUAGGAAAGAAUUGAGAGACGAGGUGUUCUGUCAACUGUGUAAACAACUCACCAACAAUCCGUCUAAGACAUCACAUGCUCGUGGUUGGAUAUUGCUUUCACUUUGUGUAGGUUGUUUCCCGCCGUCAGAAAGAUUUGUUAAAUACUUACGCUCGUUUAUACGAAGUGGUCCUCCGGGAUAUGCACCGUACUGUGAAGGACGACUUGUACGAACUUUCAAGAAUGGUCCACGCAUGCAACCGCCAAGUUGGCUCGAGCUUCAGGCUACAAAAACGAAGAAACCCGUCCUUUUAACUAUAACACUUAUGGAUGAAACAGUGAAGACAGUUCAAUCAGAUUCUGCUACUACGUCUGAAGAAAUCUGCCAACAAAUUGCUGAUGAUAUUGGUCUGACAGACGUAUUUGGUUUUUCUUUGUACAUAACGACCUAUGAUAAAGUUCUAUCAUUGGGAAGUGAAGCGGCUCAUAUUAUGGACGCAAUUUCACAAUGUGAACAGUUUGCUAAAGAACAAGGUACACCAGAGAAAAAUGCUCCAUGGAGGUUAUUCUUCCGGAAAGAGAUAUUUACGCCUUGGCAUAAUCCACUUGAAGAUAAAAUAGCAACGAAUUUAAUUUAUUACCAAGUGGCAAAGGGAAUCAAAUUUGGCGAGUAUAGAUGCGAUUCAGAAAAGGACUUAGCAAUGCUAGCAGCACAACAGCAUUACAUCGAAUAUGGGCCACAAAUAGAUCCGAAUGUUUUAAGGAAGGUUAUAGUAAAUUACAUUCCCAACCAAUUCAUUCAAUCUAACGACACUGCUUUAACGAAAUGGGAGCACCUUGUCACGAAAGCAUUUGAAUCAUCGCAGAAUGUACAGUCCAAAGUUGAUCCUUUAAGAUGCAAGGAAGACAUUGUUAUAUUUGCAAAAUUAAAAUGGUUCAUGCUUUUCUCAAAGUUUUUUGAGGCUAUGAAACUAAAAGGUGACACAAUUAAUAAAGAUCUUGUAAUUAUCGCAGUAAACUGGAUCGGCAUCUACAUCGUAGACCAGACGGAACAUAUUUUACUUGAAAUAUCAUUUCCUGAAGUGACUUACGUUGCGUAUAACGAAGAUGAAGACCGUGAAAAUGUGGGUAAAGUAACAAUUAGAACUAUACAGGGCGAGGAAUUUAUUUUCCAAAGUGUGGAUGCUAGCGAGAUGAGUUCUCUUAUUAUAUACCUCAUUGACGGAUUGAAAAGACGAUCUAUUUAUGUCGUUGCACAAACAGAUUCACAAGGUUAUAGUGACGCUUCAUCAUUUUUGCAAUACAAAAAGGGUGAUCUCAUAACACUUUUACAAGAUUGCACAGGUGAAACUUUAACGAACGCUACGUGGGGUCAUGGCAUGUGCAAUGGACAAGAAGGAUUGUUCCCCACGGAACAAGUAUACAUUUUGCCCACUAUGACUAUGCCAUCUAGUAAUGUUUUGGAAACAUUUAGGAAAAGCAACGUUAACAAAGAAAAGAAACAAACGUCAAAAUAUAACACCAUUCAGAGAAAGAGAAUGUACACUUUGGAGAAAUAUGCAAAAGAGCACUUCAGAGAGAAAUAUGACGUGAAUACUACAAUAUCUCGACAAUCCACACUAACUGCCGCGAAAAAGACUGUAGCAGGCGACUUGUGGGCGCACACUCGUGAUCCGAUCAAAAAGCCUUUAUUGAAAAUAUUAACUGACGAAAACUUAGCUAAGAAUGCUGUUGCUGCGUUCUUUGGGAUUUUGAAGUACAUGGGAGAUGUACCAGCUCCAAAAGCCAGAACGGCUACAGAAUAUACAGAUGAAAUAUUCAGAGCUGCUGUGUCACAACCCGCUUUACGUGAUGAAAUAUACUGCCAGAUUAUGAAACAACUAACAAAUAAUCGUAUACUUCUUAGUGAAGAGAGAGGAUGGGAGUUGAUGUGGCUUGUGACAGGAAUAUUCGCUUGUGGGCAAAAUUUGAUGAAAGAAUUAGUAGAAUUCCUUAAAACACGACCUCAUCCUAUUGCUAAGGAUUGCUUGAAGCGCGUCUUCAAAAUACAAAAGACUGGAGCUCGAAAGUAUACUCCGUAUGUGGUUGAAGUAGAAGCCAUUCAGCACAGAAGCAUGCAAAUUUUCCACAAGGUUUACUUCCCUGAUGACACUGAUGAAGCAUUUGAAGUAGAUUCUUCAACAAAAGCGAAAGACCUUUGCGAACAAAUAACUGGAAGACUAAAUUUAAAGAAUAGUGACGGAUUCAGUUUGUUCGUGAAGAUAGUUGACAAGGUGUUCUCUGUUCCGCAAAAUUAUUAUUUCUUUGAUUUUAUUCAUGAACUCGUGGAAUGGAUGAAAGAGACACGUCCGCUUCAUGGAUCUGGUGCACAACUAAAUAUGAACUACCAACUAUUCUUCAUGAAGAAACUUUGGAUCAAUACCGUGCCUGGUAGAGAUAAAAACGCUGAUCAGAUUUUUUACUUCCCUCAAGAAUUGCCUAAAUAUUUGCGCGGAUAUCACAAAACUUCAAAGCAAGAGCUUGUAGAAUUAGCUGCUUUAGUUUAUAGAUCGAGAUUUGGAAGCGAUCAAUCUCUGUUGCCACAAAUUCCGCAAAUGAUCGAGGAUCUUAUUCCCCCAGAUAUGAUAAGAGUACAAUCAAAUUCACAGUGGAAAUCCACUAUAAGUGCUGCCUAUCUGCAGCACGGUGUCAUGAGUGAGGAAGAAGCUAAGGAAAAAUUUUUGAAAAAAAUUUACCAACUACCCACUUUUGGCACAGCAUUUUUUGAAGUAAAACAGACUUCUGAUCCUACAUAUCCUCAAAUGGUUAUUAUUGGUAUUAAUAAGAAUGGUGUUAGCAUCAUUCAUCCACAGAGUCGAGACUUGUUGGUAACUCAUCCAUUUUCUCAGUUAUCCAAUUGGUCAUCAGGGAAUACGUUCUUCCAUAUGACAAUGGGGAACGUUUUGCGAGGUACAAAAAUAUUAUGCGAAACUUCAUUAGGAUACAAAAUGGACGACCUUAUUUCUUCCUACAUUGUGGUACUACGAGAGUCAAUGAAGGAGAAACGACGCCGUGAAUAACUUUAGCAUUUUAUAGUCAAUGUAUAUACUUGAUUAAUGUUGUGCGAUGUGCGCCGAUCAAAUAUUCGAUGGCGGCGUAUUCGGUGAGACAUACUAAUAUUUUUCAGAUGUUUACACUAAAACAAUAUUAGAAUCAACCUUCGUACUGAUUUUCAAAGUUUUUUACAUUUUAGCUAAAGCAAGUAAAUGUUACUAAAAAUAAUCCAUCUAAAAAAUGUGAAAUAAACUUAUUUAAAUCUAGUAUGAAUAGGAUGUAAACUGGUUUGAAUAAAUCAAGAUAAUGUUUUAAAUAAUUCUUAGUUGUGUAAAUAAUUUUCUAUGCUCCAUGGUACACAGUAGUAGAGCUAUUAUUAAAUACUAUAUGUACUCUAUAAUUAAAUCUAUAUG